AUGCUCUCCACCGCCCCUGGUGCUUACACCCUUGUGGCACUAAGCGAGCAUCCUUAUGACAUUGGAGUUCUUUCUCAAAUCAAGCACAGAAAUGUGGUGAGGUUAUUAGGUUGUUGUUUAGAGACACCGGCGCCAUUACUGGUUUACGAGUUCAUCGUUGAGGGCACUCUUUCAGAGCACAUCCAUAAAAAAAAUGGCAAAAGAUCAUCACUUUCGUGGGAGCUGCGAUUGAAUAUAGCGACAGAAACAGCAGGAGCACUAGCAUACUUACACUCCUCUGCUCUCAUGCAAAUUAUCCACCGAGAUGUGAAAGCAACAAACAUACUAUUAGAUGAACAUUACACGGCAAAAGUGUCCGACUUUGGAGCUUCAAGAUUGAUCCCUCUAGAUCAAACUCAACUAACAACGUUAGUGCAAGGAACAUUUGGAUACUUAGACCCCGAAUACUUCCUUACAAAUCAACUGACGGAAAAGAGUGACGUCUAUAGCUUCGGAGUUGUCCUUAUGGAGCUAUUGACAAGCAAAGUGGCACUUUCUUUCGCCAGGCCCGAGGAAGACAGAAACCUAGCCAACUUCUUUGUUCGUUUCAUGGAGGAAGAUCGCUUGAAUGAGGUUCUUGAUGAUGACAUAGUCAACGAGAGAAACGUUGAGACACUAAAAAAGGUGGCAGAAGUAGCAAAAAGAUGCGUAAGGUUAAAGGGGCAGGACAGGCCUACCAUGAAAGAAGUGGCAAUGGAGCUAGAGGGAAUGAGAGUUACACCAAAGCAACCAUGGGGAAAAUCUGAAGUUUCAAGUCCAGAAGACACUGAGUACUUACUUGGUUCAGCUAUGAAAUCAGACGCUUAUUUUGUGGAUGUUAGAGGUGAUUUUGGUUCUAGAGGUGCAACUAUUGGUACAACCAGUGGGUACGAAAGCAUGCAAAUCCAAAUGGUAAUGCCGUAUGAUGGGCGAUAG